CUAUUCAAGUGUACACAAUAAAUUUUGGCUUGCUUUCAAGAACAAAUUAAACUCCAACGUCGAUUAUGGUAUCGAUACUAGUUUUAAGCGUUAAUGUUUCAAACAGUUCUAACGCUAUCCACACGCAUCUUCACUUCCAAGAUAUCGCAGCCGAUACUGUGCAUUCAAACGAUACCGACGACACCUGGAGGUACUUCCCGGGAUAUGUCAGUGACGAGGUGCGCCUCAUCUUUCAGGCACUUAACUUCGCCAUCGUCUGCCAGGUGAUGGACAUUUUCGGCACGGCGACAAACAUCAUAAACAUCAUUGUGUUUCUGAAACAAGGAUUUAAAGAUUCAGUCAAUGUCAGUCUGUUUGGUAAGUUGAUAAUUAUUAUUUCCUUGUGUUUAUUGAAUGUUUAUUUAUAUUAUUACCUUUUCAUUGUCUUUAAACGAACGCGUAAAAAACAGUUCUUUGUUUUAACAGAAAGUCAUGGAAAAAGACAAUGGUGAUUGAGAAUUUCAAUUCCCCCUAAAAAAUAUGCAUGACAUUGAAAGAACUGUCUGCAUUCCACUCUUACAAUUAAUAAAAUAAAACAUAAUUGGAUAUGACUUUGAGAGUAAUGAAGUCAAUCAACUCUUACAAUUAAUUAAACGCACUAGAAUUGCAUAUGACUUUGACAGUAUUGACGUCAUUCGGCUACUCUUACAAGUAAUGAAACAAGCCAGCCUAGCAUACGUUGCAGACAAAAACAGAACAGUGAUCAACAGACUAUGUUGUUAAUUGUUUACCUAAUUAAACUGUUGCAUCGUCCAGCACUUGCAGUGUCUGACGUGGGGAUGCUCGGGACCUUGAUAUGGCACAACCUUUGCUUCAACCCGCUGUUCCAUGACGCUGACCUGCCGUUUGACUCCAUAGAGAUGCAGUACCUGACGGGCGGGUGGCCACAUGUCAUGUUCACACGCAUCACCAGCUGGAUCACUGCCUUCAUCACGCUGGAGAGAUGUCUGUGCAUAGCAAUGCCCUUAAAGGUAACUGUAUGCAGGCAUAUCUCCAGAGAGAUGUCUGUACAUAGCAAUGCCCUUAAAGGUAACUGUAUGCAGGCAUAUCUCCAGAGAGAUGUCUGUGCAUAGCAAUGCCCUUAAAGAUAAGAGUAUGCAUGCAGAUCGCUGGAGAGAUGUCUGUGCAUAGCAAUGCCCUUAAAGGUAAAUGUAUACAUGCAGAUCGCUGGAGAGAUGUCUGUGCAUACAAUGCCUUUAAUGGUGAAUGUUUCCUUGCAGAUCUGUUGAGAGAUGUAUGUGUGCUAAAUUUCUUUUAAGGUAAGUGUAUGCAUGGAGAUCGCUGCAGAGUUUGUGUGUUACAAUGACUUUGGAGGUAAGCGUAUGCAUACAGAUCUUUCUUUCGACAAUUUUACAAUGCAUAAACUUUGAAUUCAGUUUGUCGAACAGUGUUUUUUAUGUAAUAUGGUGUCACGUUGUCGAGGUCACAUACUCAGAGGCUGAAAAGAUGCAUACUUAUUUUUCAAAUCCAAUUAUUAUUUGUUUUAUAACAUAAAUAAGGAGAUAAGAUACAUAUUUUCACAGUUUUAUUUCGUUAUAUUUGUACAAAAAAAUUUUUGUUUUAGUUAUAAUAUAUGAUUUUGCACAGCUUUGUCUAGUAUUUCAAUCAGAAUGGAACAUGUUAAACAAUUUUUUGGAGGAAAGUGCAGUUAAAAUGAAUUGGGAUUUUUUAGAAAUACGAUAGCACGUUGUGUUUUCUUUUACACAGAUCAAAAUCAUUUUUACGCCAAAACGAGUCACAAUCAUCAUGGUCUCAAUCUUUGUUAUCCUCAUCGCCAGUGUGUCGCCCGUCUACUAUGCCAACAGGUACGGCAUGAAGUUCUUCCCCGACCGUAACAAAACCCUGCUGGGACUCAUCUACACCCCAGACCGUGAGCAGGUGGAGAAGGUGUCCUUCACCAUCAACAACAUCAUCGUCCCCUUCUCGGCUUUCCUCACCAUUCUCUCCUGCACCAUCAUCCUCGUCGUCAAGCUGAAGAACAAAACAAAAUGGCGGCAGAGGUCGGCCGUUUCCGGUCAGUCGGAAACCAUGUCGAGUCGCGACCAGAAGGUGACCCGGAUGGUCGUGAUGAUAUCGACACUGUUCAUCGUCUGCUUUACGCCGAUCUGCGUCUUGUUCAUCGGCAUGACGGUCGAGCCCGGGCUGUCCAUCGACGGGAAGUACCACAACAUGUUCUUUGUUGUGUUCUCGUUUGGGUACAUCCUGGAGACGACCAACUCGGCCUUGAACAUCUUCAUCUACUACAACAUGAGCACAAAGUACAGGGACGUGUUCAGACAGCUUUUC